UCUCCUGUGCCCCAAGAGAACGUUGCUCUCUGGGGGCUGGACGGGGCUACACAUGGAACAUCCACCUGCACCCCCGUCAGAGGCUGAACGGCUCCGCUUUCUACCCUGCUCAUGAAAAGGAAAAUCUGGCCGUUACGUGAAGUCCGCUAAAGCUGCGCCGCAUUUCGAGUUGAUUGUGAUUUAUAAAGGAAACCGGUGUGGUGAUGUCAUCUCCCCCCAGUGACCGAAGGGCUUCUUCCAUCACCCCUCCCCACUCCGACAGGAACUCCAGAGCCGGAUUAAAGACUUUAUGACUUCAGAUUCUUUUUCUUCUAUACAAUUAAAUCAAUUCAUUCAGGUACUCUCACCGGAAGUGGGCCUGUCUCUCAUCUGUUGACAGCAAUACGAUCCUGAACCCUGGACACUCCCUUCCUGCAUCACCUGCAGACCAGACUCAUCUCAAAACCUCCACACCUGAAAACUACACAGAACAUCUCCAAACUUCUGGGACUUUUUCGACCCUCAGACUUCAGACCUACAGGCCCCCCCGCCCCCAAACUAUCAGCAGCAUGUCGGGUAUAGCCGCCACCCUGCAACGCCUCCGGGAGCAGCAGCGGGGGGUUGGCUCCGCGGACCAGGCGGUGAAGUACCUGAACCAGGACUACGAGGCUCUGCGGAGCCACUGCCUGCAGACCGGGUCCCUGUUCCAGGACGAAAUGUUCCCGGCGCUCAGCUCCUCCCUGGGCUUCAAAGAGCUGGGACCCGGGUCCCACAAGACCCGGGGGGUGAGCUGGCAGAGGCCACCGGAGUUGUCCUCUGACCCCCAGUUCAUCGUCUGUGGAGCCUCAAGGACCGACAUCUGUCAGGGGGGGCUGGGUGACUGCUGGCUGCUGGCCGCCAUCGCCUCUCUGACUCUGAACGAGGAAGUCUUGGCUCGAGUCGUCCCUCACGGGCAGAGCUUCGAUAACGGAGCAUACGCCGGCAUCUUCCACUUCCAGUUCUGGCAGUUCGGGGAGUGGGUGGACGUUGUGAUCGACGACCGGCUGCCGGUGAAAGACGGAGAGCUUCUGUUCGUUCACUCUGCUGAGGGGAGGGAGUUCUGGAGCGCUCUGCUGGAGAAAGCCUACGCUAAGAUUAACGGCUGCUACGAGGCCCUCUCUGGAGGUUCCACCACCGAGGGCUUUGAGGAUUUCACCGGAGGAAUUGCUGAGGUCCACGAGCUGAGCCGCCCCGACCCACAUCUGUUCCACAUCAUCCAGAAGGCCCAGAACCGAGGGUCCCUGAUGGGCUGCUCCAUAGACAUCACCAGCUCCUCGGACUCGGAGGCUGUUACUCGGCAGAAGCUGGUGAAAGGCCACGCCUACUCUGUGACAGGUGCAGAUCAGGUGGAGUAUCGUGGCAACACGGAGAAGCUGAUCCGGAUCAGGAACCCGUGGGGUCAGGUGGAGUGGACAGGAGCCUGGAGCGACAGCUCGCCUCAGUGGCGCCAGAUCGGCGAUAAGGACCGGGACCGCCUGAGUCACCGGGCUGAGGAUGGAGAGUUCUGGAUGUCUUUCUCUGACUUCCUAUCACAUUACUCCCGGCUGGAGAUCUGCAACCUGACACCCGACGCUCUGAGCGACGACUCUAUCUCCAAGUGGGCUCUGACCAAGUUUGACAGCAGCUGGAGGAGAGGAUCAACGGCCGGCGGGUGCAGGAACUUCCCUGAUACUUUCUGGACCAACCCUAACUUUGUGAUCAAGCUGGACGAGGAGGACGACGACCCGGACGACGGAGAGUCUGGCUGCAGCUUUGUGGUCGGUCUGAUCCAGAAGAACCGAAGACGCAUGAGGAAGAUGGGUGAAGACAUGCAGACCAUGGGGUUUGCCAUCUACGAGGUUCCUGACGAGUGCCGUGGUCAGAGGAACGUCCGGCUGAAGAAGAACUUCUUCCUGCGCCACGCCUCGGCCGCCCGGUCCGAGACCUUCAUCAACCUGCGGGAGGUGAGCAGUCGCUUCGCCCUGCCGCCGGGAGAGUACCUGAUCGUCCCUUCCACCUUCGAACCGCACAAGAACGGAGACUUCUGCGUCCGGGUGUUCUCUGAAAAACCAGCCGAGUUCCAAGAGCUGGACGACCCCAUCGAGUGCAGAGUGGAGAAGAUUGAGAUCGAUGAGGACGAUGUGGACGAUCGCUUCAGGAAUCUGUUUGGUCAGCUAGCAGGAGGGGACAGUGAGAUAUCCACCUCCGAGCUGCAGAAGAUCCUCAACAGAGUCGUCACCAAACGUUCGGACAUCCACACGAGCGGCUUCAGUCUCACCACGUGUUGGAACAUGGUCAACAUGCUGGAUAAAGACGGCAGUGGGAGACUCGGUCUGGUGGAGUUUAAGAUUCUGUGGACCAAAAUCGAGAAGUACCUGACUGUGUACCGAGACAAGGAUGUGGAUAACUCAGGAACCAUGAGCUCUGCUGAGAUGAGGUCAGCUGUGGAGGAAGCAGGCUUUCUGCUGAACAACCCCCUGCAGCAGGUCCUGGUGGCUCGGUACAGCGAGCCGGAUCUCACCAUCGACUUUGACAACUUCGUGGGCUGCCUCGUCCGCCUGGAGACCAUGUUCAACACGUUCUCCACUCUGGAUAAGGAUCAGUCCGGCUACAUUGAGCUCACCUUGCUGGAGUGGCUCAACGUGAGUCUGCUCUGAGUGCUGGUCCUGGUCCUGGUCUCAGCUGAUAGUCAGUGUGGUGAUGGUGUUUAGUUAAUGUGUCAAUAUUUCUAUUGUGUGUUGAGAGACCUCGUUAGUGAUUAUUGACUCACACAGGUGACCUCGUUAGUGAUUAACGACUCACACAGGUGACCUCCUUAGUGAUUAAUGACUCACAGGUGACCUCGUUAGUGAUUAAUGAAUCACAGGUGACCUCCUUAGUGAUUAAUGACUCACAGGUGACCUCGUUAGUGAUUAAUGACUCACAGGUGACCUCCUCAGUGAUUAAUGACUCACACAGGUGACCUCGUUAGUGAUUAAUGAAUCACAGGUGACCUCCUUAGUGAUUAAUGACUCACAGGUGACCUCGUUAGUGAUUAAUGACUCACAGGUGACCUCAGUGAUUAAUGACUCACACAGGUGACCUCGUUAGUGAUUAAUGACUCACACAGGUGACCUCGUUAGUGAUUAAUGACUCACAGGUGACUUCGUUAGUGAUUAAUGACUCACAGGUGACCUCGUUAGUGAUUAAUGACUCACAGGUGACUUCGUUAGUGAUUAAUGACUCACAGGUGACCUCGUUAGUGAUUAAUGACUCACACAGGUGACCUCGUUAGUGAUUAAUGACUCACACAGGUGACCUCGUUAGUGAUUAAUGACUCACACAGGUGACCUCGUUAGUGAUUAAUGACUCACACAGGUGACCUCGUUAGUGAUUAAUGACUCACACAGGUGACCUCGUUAGUGAUUAAUGACUCACACAGGUGACCUCAUUAGUGAUUAAUGACUCACACAGGUGACCUCAGUGAUUAAUGACUCACACAGGUGACCUCGUUAGUGAUUAAUGACUCACAGGUGACCUCCUAAGUGAUUAAUGACUCACACAGGUGACCUCGUUAGUGAUUAAUCACUCACGCAGGUGACCUCGUUAGUGAUUAAUCACUCACACAGGUGACCUCGUUAGUGAUUAAUGACUCACGCGCAGGUGACCUCGUUAGUGAUUCAUGACUCACAUAGGUGUCUUCGUUUGUGAUAAAUGACUCACAGGUGACCUCAUUAAUUCAUAGAGGGGAACAGAACAGCCAAUAGGAAGCCUGCCUCGCUCCAAGCUGAGCUGUGAUUGGCUGAUUGAUAUACACUUUAAUGGGAAAUGUUUAACACCAGUUUAAAACCUGUUAUUACAUGAUUGGAUGAUAAACAGCAAAGAAAGAAGAACCACUAGAACUCAGAUUUGUGUCCAGCAAAGCUUCACAUCUGGUGCCUUUAUAUUAUGAUAACAAUAAUACUCUGUCAAAUGUAUCUUGGUAAUUCCUGAAUAAAGACAAUGAAUGAG